GUCAGUUGUAGCCAGCUUCGGUGCCGAAGCACUGGCCUUGGCCCUUCUUUUACGCGAACACGACCUCGUUCCAGUCAUGUCCCUCCAAACCCUCAUUCUGGACGUGCUGAUCGAAAUCCUAAGCUAUAUCGGAGUCCGCGAUAUUCUUUCCCUACAACGCACUUGCAAAGGUAUCCGAAGAGUCACUCAGCUUCACACCGUGUGGAAGAACGUUUUAGAAAAGCACAUAAUUCCCUCUGGCCAAUCAAUUUCGCUACCGUCUAAUGUCCCUCUACCUGACCAAUCCGCACUCGAUCUUAAACGAGCAGCAAUAUAUGCUGCGCGUCUAGAACACAACUGGACAUCUGUAACACCCAGGAUUUUUACACGUACACAAUUCUGCACAGCGUCGCGAGUUAAUCGUACAUUCUUCAUCCCUGGUCACAGCGGAAAGUAUUUGUUGACUGUCAGUGGUGGCGAUGAGGUGUCGAUAUGGUAUCUAGAGCCAGAUCUUGGAAGAUCCUGGAAGAUACUUGACUGGAAUGUUCAGGGGACCGUUAUCGAUGCGGUUCCUAACAGUGACGGCUGGGCUCGCGCAACAAUGGCUCUAUCACACACUUCAGACCGGUCAAUUUCUUUUUCUUCCAGACAUUUAUGCAUCACCCUGUACAAUCUGGCCUUCUGUGAUGAUGGGGGAGGACGCCCAACAGCCACCUGCGAGCAGAUCUUCGAGGGCAAACUCCCUGGUCGGUUGGAGAAUCUUCGUGGAAACCUUAUCGGGAUGUAUAGGAGGUUUCGCCUCGGAGGGUAUCUGUUCAAUUAUCAGAGUCAAGUGACGAUCGAACUUCAAGGUGCAGCAGCUCAACCUGUCAGUUAAAGUCCAUCAUUACUUCUCAUCUCGACCACGAAACUCAUGCAAUAGUUCCAUCGAAUAUUCAGCCUCUGAGCAUCAACAUCUUUGCGUUGCCUGAAAUCGCGCGGGACACUGAACCUCGACCAGGGGAAGCAAGGGUAUUCCAAGCACAACAUAUUUCUGCUGCCCUCUGUCCUGAAGACAAAGUAUGGAGCUCCGCCGUCAUCAUUCCCUACUGUGCUCCCU